GCUAACCAGGCGCCGCCGUCCCCUCCCCCAAACCCUAAUCCCGCCGCCUCUCAUCGCCGCCGUCACCAUUCCCUUCCUCCCUCGCCGCGACGCCGCGCUCCCGCCGUCUCCGCCGUCUCCGCCGCGCCCUCAACCUCCGCCCAUUGGAUUUUGAGGGAUUCCCGAGAGAUGGCGUUCCUCCAGAAGCUCGGGACUAUCGCCAAGCGAUCCGCGGGUUCCGGCUCCUCGCUGCUCCAGGCGGUCCGCUGCAUGUCCUCCUCCAAGGUCUUCAUCGGAGGCAUCUCGUACGGCACGGAUGAGCAGAGCCUCGGGGACGCGUUCUCUAGCUACGGCCAAGUCAUUGAAGCCAAGGUAAUCAUGGACCGCGAAACUGGAAGGUCAAGGGGGUUCGGUUUUGUGACCUACACUUCGGCAGAGGAGGCCGGAGCUGCCAUUACUGGAAUGGAUGGGAAGGAUCUGCAGGGUCGAAUAGUGAGGGUGAGCUAUGCUCAUGACCGUGGUAGUCGUGCUGGUGGCUUUGGUGCUGGUGGUGGCUUUGGCGGCGGUGGUGGUGGAUAUGGCGGCAGCGGCGGCGGUGGUUACGGUGGAGGAGGCUACAGCGGGGGUGGUGGAUACGGUGGAGGAGGCUAUGCAAGUGGUGGUGGCGGCGGAUACAAUGCUGGGAACUAUGGUCCCCCUCAAGGUGGGCAAGGUGGCUAUGGGGGUGGUGAUGCUGGUUACACAGGUGGUGGUGGAUAUAGUGCUGCUCCUGGCAACUACGGCGGCGAUGGCCUGAAUCAAGGUGGUGGAGCACCUGCUGCGGCAUUUGGAGAUGGAAACUACGGCGCAAACAAUGAUGCCUCUGCUGGGAAGCUUGAUGACCUGCUAAGUGAUCUCAAAUUCGAUGUUUCUGGCAAGGAGGACGUUGCUGUGGAUGCGAAGACCAGUGACGGCCAGGAUGACUUGCUUGAUGAUGAUUUCAAGGCUGAAGAUGUGGCCGAGGAUGACUACGCGAACAAGAGAAGCUGAAUGUGAGUCCAACAAGAAGCUCUAUCUGAAUAAUUUUUUCAUGGAUUUGUUCUCCAUGACCAGCACCUUAUUUUGGUAGUUUCCCAGGAUGAAGAUAGUAAUAAUAUACUGUUUGCGAAUGAGUUGGAUUCUGUCUUGUUAGAUACGUUCUCUGUAUGCGUGCUUUGUGUUAUGUGUGUGUGCUGGACUCCUAAUAUGAUACAAAGUUGAACCCUCUACUCGUAUGUGUAUUGAAUUCAUGGAAUUUGCUUUCUCA